UAACUUUGGUUGAAUCGUUCAACUGUCCUUUUACUCCAAACUCUCAUGAAGCACCUCAAACAUUCAUUAUUCAGCUCUCCUCAACAGCCUCAAGAGAUGCAAUAAAGAAUCACUAUGCAAUGUUAACAUCUUGUUUUGCUAAAACCAUUAGUGAUGAUUCCACUAUUCAAUUAAAUCAUCCUAGCAUUAUUAAAGAUAUCAGCUUUGGGUCGUUCAAUUGUUACAUCGGAAAGUUUGGUCCUAGUGAUGCUGCUAAAUUGGCUAAAUUAUCCGAGGUUAUUAAUGUCGAAAAGGAUAAAAAAUAUAAAAUUGAUUCAAAGCGAAUUUCCACUAAAGUUCCUCCUAAAACUCCUCCUACCAUUCCUACCAAUUUGGAUCGUAUUGACCAACAACACCGUCCAUUGGAUGGAAAAUAUACUUUUCCUAGAAGCGCUGGUUCCAAUGUGAAUGUUUAUAUUAUUGAUACAGGUAUUAAUGUAAAGCAUGAAGAAUUUGGAGGACGGGCAAUAUUCGGUCCUGUUCUCUGUAAAGGAUGUCAGCAUAAAGAUGACAAUGG